CACUGAUCUGGAUGAGCGACUGGAGGAUGUGCCGGCCGGUAUGAGUGGGACACAGGGGCAGUGAUCGGCUGCUGCAGCAACAUGGCAUCUCCCAGCUACACGUACGGAAGAAGAUAAAGAGGAAGGAGAGGCGGGAUGUAGGAAUAUGAAUAAGAAGGAGGAUAUUUGCAUGCCUGCAGCCUGCCAUGCAUGAACACUGUAACACACACACACACAUAGGGCUGCCCUUGUUUUUGCAUCACUGGCCCCUCCCACUUCAGCAAGGGGACAUAUAUUAAAAGAAGUACAGUUGGCUGAAGUCAGACUCACUGGGCCCGUUGCCAGGGCAGGAAAUGUAAGGUUACCCUCUCUCCCCCUGUAACGUUCCACUUGGAUGAGCUGCCUCCCUAAGUAAUGCAGGAGUUUGGGAGAAACUAGACUGUGCUGCUCUACUUAGUGGCCACAACACAUUUACUCUCUCCCCUUUCUUCUUCUACGGCUCCUGGUACCAGUAACAUGCACAGAUCCAAGAGGCAGAGAUGGUUUUCUUCCACGUGGGAGCGGCUUUCCAACAUCGGCUUGUCAGAUGUGGCUCUCUGGUUCCGCAGAAGAUUGCCCAUUUUAGAGUGGGCCCCCAAGUACAACGUGCGGGAGAGUCUGCUUCCAGACACAGUCUCCGGGCUGAUGCUGACAGUGCAACAAGUAACUCAAGGACUUGCAUUUGCUGUAAUGUCGUCAGUCCACCCAGUAUUUGGAUUAUACGGAUCCUUCUUCCCUCCAUUAAUAUACGCAGUUUUUGGCAUGGGCCGCCACCUUGUCACAGGAACAUUUGCCAUCACGUCCCUGAUAUCGGCCAGUGCAGUUGAACGGCUGGUCCCUCCGUACAGCGGAAAUGUCAGCAACUCUUCAUUGGGUCCUCUGGGCUUAUCGGAUUAUGAGAUGCAAAGAAUUGGCGUUGCUGCGUCUGUUACCUUUCUAGGCGGAAUCAUUCAAAUCUGCCUCUUUGUGUGCAAUCUGGGCUGCGCCACUUUCCUUCUGUCGGAGCCAGUUGUUAGUUCAAUGACGACGGGAGCAGCUACGCAUGUGGUGACGUCACAAGUGAAGUACCUGCUAGGAUUGAAAAUGCCUUAUAUCUCAGGGCCCUUGGGGAUGUUCAAUAUCUAUAUUUACAUACUGAAAAACAUCACAAAUGCAACAGUUGCAGCAGUGAUUAUAUCCAUUAUCUGCCUCGUGGUGCUUGUCUUGGUAAAAGAGUUAAAUCAACGAUAUAAAAGUAGAAUAAGAAUGGAGAUUCCCAUUGAUUUGAUACUGAUAAUUUUAACAUCUCUCGUGUGUUAUUUUGUUAACAUGGAACAAGGUUAUGAUCUCGAGGUUGUGGGACACCUUCCGCAAGGGAUCCCAGUACCACAAGCUCCACCAAUGGAUAUAUUAUCCGACAUUCUUGUUGAAGGCUUUAGCGUUGCUUUGGUUGGAUACACAGUUUCAAUAUUCCUUGUUUAUAACUCUGCCAAAAAAUUCAAGUACUCUGUUGAUGAAAACCAGGAACUUCUGGCUAAUGGUUUGACCAAUGUGAUCCCUUCCUUUCUGUUCUGCAUACCCAAUGCAGGAGCUCCGGCACGGUCAUUUGUCUUGUUUAGCAAUGGAGCAAAAUCCCAGGUAGCUUGUUUAAUAUCAUGCGUUCUGAUACUACUGGUUAUUUAUGUUAUUGGGCCAUUUCUGUACUGGCUGCCAAUGAGCGCGCUGGCAUGUAUCAUUGUUGUGGCAUUAAAAGGAAUGCUCAUUCAGUUCAAUGACCUGAAGAAAUACUGGAACGUGGAUAAAGUCGAUUGGGCAAUAUGGAUAUGCACAUAUGUGUUUACCAUAUGCUUUGCUGCAAAUAUAGGACUGCUGUUUGGAGUUCUAUUCAGUAUAGCUUUGGGAAUGUUACGACUGAGCAGAGCCAAAACGCUGCAUUUGGUUCAUUGGGAUGCAGAGUACAACAAAAUGCUGGAAGAUCUAAAUUCCGGAUUUUUCCAGAAUGUGAAAAUAGUUUCUGUUGGUAUGCCUUUAUUGUUCCUCAAUGUCAAAAAGUUCCACGCGGAUAUGCUGAAAAUGAAUAACAAACUCACAGGAAAUAUUGUCCCUAAGAAGAAGACAGAUUUGUUACUGAGCCCUGUGUCCAAUGGGGACAGUAAUGGUGAACCCCCGACUCUUCAACCUCAACCUCAAAGAUCCGAGAGUUACACUUUAAUCUUGGACUGCAGCGGAAUUACAUUUUAUGACUAUACUGGAGUAACUAUUCUCACACAGAUGUGUUUGGAAUUAAAAGGACAGGGGACAACGGUGCUGCUCACAGGCUGCAGUGACUCCUUAGUCAGAGCACUUCAGUACUGUGGACUUGAAUCCAAAAACCAAACUUUUCUAGACUCUGUGAAUUCAGCACUUAGUUCACUGCAUUUGCAAACGAGCCGGACAUCAAACUUUGAAGCCAUUGAUUCAACAAGUGUCUAAAGCUAUUUUGGAAUACCUGCACUGAAUCAUAUCUGGAUCUCAUUGACGGAUCACUCAUCCAAUUGAGGUUUUUCUCCAUGUUCAUACUGGUCGCUGAAGACGCUUGGUCUGAUUGGUGCUAAGGUGAUCCACUGACCUCAGCAGGCAGGCCGGGUUUUCUUGUGGGUGUCCGAGCACUGAGAGAAGCUGAAAGGGCACAUCACAACACUGGAUUGAACUUCACAGAUUCAUUUAUUCAACAACUGAACAGCGAAUGGACUGAAUGUCACAAGGCUGCCUUCUUCCCACUGGGACCUUUAUGCAGAACCUAGUCUUUUCUAAUAAAUACUGUUCAAUUUGGAUAAUAUUCAUUCCUUCCCUCCUGAGGAUUCAUAUCAACCACCUACUGAGGAUUUUGGAAAUUGUCUGGAUCUUGUCUGGAUAUUCUCUGGAUCUUGUCUGGAUAUUGUCCGGAUAUUGUCUGGAUCUAGUCCGGAUCUUGUCUGGAUCUUGUCUGGAUCUUGUCUGGAUAUUGUCUGGAUCUUGUCUGGAUCUUGUCUGGAUCUUGUCUGGAUAUUGUCUGGAUAUUGUCUGGAUAUUGUCUGGAUCUUCUCUGGAUCUUGUCCGGAUAUUGUCUGGAUCUUGUCUGGAUAUUGUCUGGAUCUUGUCCGGUUCUUGUCUGGAUCUUCUCUGGAUAUUGUCCGGAUAUUGUCUGGAUAUUGUCCGGAUAUUGUCUGGAUCAUGAAGGAUAGACCUGAUGGGAAUAGACGGGAAAAAUGCUUGUGUAAAAUCAAUCAGUCCAUAAUUAUUUGUGCAACAUGUAAACCCGCACUUUCUUGUAAAUACAAAUAUGUCACACUACCAAUGAUAAAAGGAAAUUUUAAGCCAUAAACUUUCAAAAAUUUGAACUUUUGAAUUAAUUUGUUCUUAAUAAGAAAGCCUUAUAACUAAAGGAAAUGUAAAGCAUCAAACAAACUGAAGGGGUGGUUUGCCUUAAAGUUAACUCUUAGUAUGUUACAGAAU